ACAGGAUUGUCCGUAGCCAUGUCACAGCCGUGGGACCCCCAGAGGCUCACGGGCAGGCAGCCGCAGCACAGCCACGAGGACAGCACACAGGCGAGCAUCUUCACCUACACCAACAGCAAUGUCACCAGAGGCCCCUUUGAAGGCCCGAAUUAUCACAUCGCCCCCAGGUGGGUGUACCACCUCACCACCGCCUGGAUGAUAUUAGUGGUGGUUGCAUCUGUCUUCACCAAUGGGCUGGUGCUGGUGGCCACCAUGAGGUUCAAGAAGCUGCGGCAUCCUCUAAACUGGAUUCUGGUGAACUUGGCGGUGGCUGAUCUAGCAGAGACCCUCAUCGCCAGCACCAUCAGCGUGGCAAACCAGUUCUUUGGCUAUUUCGUGCUGGGCCACCCUCUGUGUGUUGUGGAGGGUUACACCGUGUCCUUGUGUGGGAUUACGGGGCUCUGGUCCCUAGCCAUCAUUUCCUGGGAGAGGUGGCUGGUGGUUUGCAAACCCUUUGGCAAUGUGAGAUUUGACGCCAAGCUGGCCACGGCAGGCAUCGCCUUCUCCUGGAUCUGGUCGGCUGUUUGGACAGCCCCACCCAUCUUCGGUUGGAGCAGGUACUGGCCGUAUGGCCUGAAGACCUCAUGUGGCCCAGAUGUGUUCAGCGGCACCUCGUACCCUGGCGUGCAGUCCUACAUGAUGGUCCUCAUGGUCACGUGCUGUAUCAUCCCACUCAGUGUCAUUGUACUCUGCUACCUGCAAGUAUGGCUGGCCAUCCGGACGGUGGCCAAGCAGCAAAAAGAAUCAGAGUCCACACAGAAGGCUGAGAAGGAAGUGACGCGCAUGGUAGUGGUGAUGGUCUUUGCCUACUGCCUCUGCUGGGGCCCCUACACCUUCUUUGCAUGCUUUGCUACCGCCCACCCUGGCUAUGCCUUCCACCCUCUGGUGGCUGCCAUACCAUCCUACUUUGCCAAAAGUGCCACCAUCUACAACCCCAUUAUCUACGUCUUUAUGAACCGGCAGUUUCGAAACUGCAUCUUGCAGCUCUUUGGAAAGAAGGUCGAGGACAGCUCUGAGCUCUCCAGCGCCUCCAAAACUGAGGCCUCAUCCGUCUCUUCAGUGGCACCCGCAUGAUGUCCGCCUCCUCCCUGCCACGCCCUCAGGGGCUUUGCCUGCUGUCCCCUCCUCCUUCUCCAGCCCUGUGAAACACUUUUCAUUUCUCUUUGC